AUGCCUUACAGCACCUGCAAGCUCAUCGUCAGCUGCUCAAGGACUGGUUGGCCGGCGGCGCGUCAGACCGCCAUGAUGGCGAACAUCAGCCCCACGCACCAGCAGCCGAGCGGAGACCCAGGAAACGCUCCGUUGGACGGACCGCGCCAAGGAGACGCGGACCAAGGCCCUCAAAUGCUUGGACUAGCUGAGCAAUGCGACAACGUCCCCCCGACUGGCGAGGAGCGCAGUCACAGCGUCUCGUUCAUGGACCAAGAGAACGUGAGCCUGUGCGCACAACGAUUUAAGAGCGGCCCGUUUGACUUAGGGGGAUAG